UAAGAGAAACCAAUUAGAAAAUCAUGGCAAUGCAAAGACUGCUUUUUGCCUUCUUACUCAUUUUCCCAAGUAUGUUAGUAAAUAUUGCUUCUGGUACAUCACUAGUCACCUUUGUGUUUGGGGACUCAUUGACAGAAGUUGGUAACAAUAAUCAUCUGCAAUACUCUCUGGCGAGGUCGGAUUAUCCAUGGUAUGGCAUUGAUUUUUCCGGAAGACAGGCUACUGGAAGAUUCUCCAACGGAAGGACUAUCGGCGACAUAAUAUCUGAAAAACUUGGUAUAGCAUCACCCCCACCAUAUCUUUCUUUGGCAAAAAAUGAUGCUGCGUUGCUCAAAGGGGUUAAUUAUGCAUCCGGUGGAGCAGGAAUUCUCAAUGAUACCGGAUCAUAUUUCAUUCAGAGGUUGACGUUUGAUGAUCAGAUAAAUUACUUCAAAAACACCAAGGAAUCAAUCAGAGCUAAAAUAGGAGACGUGGCUGCAAACAAACUCUGCAAUGAGGCGAUGUUCUUCGUUGGAAUGGGAAGUAAUGACUAUGUCAACAAUUACUUGCAGCCCUUCUUGCCAGAUGGCCAACAAUACACACACGAUGAAUUUGUCGAGCUCUUAGCAUCAAAGUUAGACCGCCAACUUUCGAGGCUGUACGAACUGGGGGCACGAAAAUUGAUCAUGCAUGGAUUAGGCCCUCUCGGCUGCAUUCCAUCUCAGAGAGUGAAAUCAAAGACAGGCCAAUGCUUGAAGCGAGUGAAUGAAUAUGUGCAGGAAUUCAACUCCAAAGCCAUAAAAGUUAUAGCCUCUCUAAAUGGACGCCUCCCCGGUGCAAAAUUCUCGUUUGCAGAUACUUACCCCGAUGUCUUAGAUUUAAUCGAGAGGCCCACUGUUUAUGGUUUUAAGAUUUCCAAUACUUCAUGCUGCAAUGUGGACACAAGCGUGGGCGGUUUAUGUCUGCCCAAUUCAAAAUUGUGCAAAAAUCGGAGAGAUUAUGUGUUUUGGGAUGCCUUUCAUCCUUCUGAUGCCGCGAAUCAAGUGCUUGCUGACAAGCUCUUCUCCAGCUUAUUUUCUAGCGCUCCCGCGCCUGCUCCGGAGCCCCAUUGAAAUCAAAUCCCAAUUUUCAAAAGAUAAAACCAUAAAAGAGGGUUAUGCAUAUGGAUAAUGCUAUUUGCACAAACUCUUAUAUAAAGAGAGUUUAUACAAAUUGAUAUGAUAUAUCACAAAGCAUGUUAUAUGACAUUAGGAUACACAAAAAUUAAUAUUAAAUUAAUGUUAUAUGGAACCUCAUGUCACUUGACACUCACAUGAUAUACCACGUCACUUUGUACAAACUCUUUUUAUACAUAGAGUUUAUAUAAAUAGCUUUAUCCUAUGCAUAUAUCUAUACUUUUUUGAGAAAUGCUCUUUAAACGGCAUGUACAAUCAGUUAUACAUAGAUUUUUCCAUACUUAAAAAAAAAUAUAUGGAAUAAUUGUUAUUAGAGUUCUGUAUCAAAGAAAGCGUUAUUGUUGAGCAAGCCUAAAGUGUACCUUAUAAUAGAAUUGAAAUUCAAAGGAGUUGUUCUAUUGUGUACACUCUUAAGCUGAAAAAA